UGCUCCACCAACCACCACCACCACUACCAAAGUUGCUCCACUAACCACAACCACCAUCACCAGGGAUGCCAUCUUCAUCACCACCUUCAUCCAUUCCAACAACAAGUUCCAUGACUAUCACUCCUGAUUCACCACCAUCACUAACAAGCACAACCACAACUCAGUCACCACAAACACGGCCUGAUGAAUCAAGAACAACCACAGAAGCACCUAUUACUAUUCCACCAACACCCCCUCCGACUGCUAUGGCAGCUGAGUCCACCAGAGUCACAGAGACACCAUCCUUGUUCAGCCAAGAAUCCACCAGCACCAACUCUGAGGUCACAAUUUACAACACAGAGCUUGAUGAGGAAACAUCAACCAUCCCUGCCAACAGUUCCAGGUCCACCACAGGUUCUCCGGCAUCCACGUCAUCAGUGCCACUUCCUUGCCCUCAGCCUACUGUUUCAGAAUCUGCAAAUGUGUGUAUGACCCCUGCAUGCAAGACCCUGGCAGCACGCAUGCUGGAUUUGAUGGACCCCUCUGUGACGAGGCCUUGUGAGGUAUUCGGUAUAAUGGCACACAACGGCAGACCCUGGAGGGGUAUGAGCACCUUGUACAAGUGUCAGAAUGCUUAACAGAGCAGUAUCGUGCUCCUCAGAGUCUGAAAGCUGCCUCUGGUCUCUUAGCAAACUUCACUGUAGGUUUGAGUUCUUCAAUUGUCAACAGAUUUUUGUUCAUUGAUUUUGUAAUCAAUAGUGAAACUGUAUAUGAUUAUCAUGGUGUACAUCAUGUCACUAAUGCUCUUUAUUGAUAACAGCUUAUCUUUUUACAUGUUGUGUGACAUGGGAGCUGGGACGACUGCCUCUCAAUGAGAUACUGGUUGGCUCAGGGGCAGUGCGGCUAGUGUGGGAGGCUUAUGAACUCUCUAGGAGGCAAGAGAACAAGGGAAAAGGAACACCUGCAACUUACACUGUCCCUGAUCCACUACAGCUCCCUUGGCUGAACCUCAAUCCCCUACAGCUCUACUUCCUUCAGAUUGCUCAGGUCCACUGCACUGCUACCAGUGACAUCCACAUGUCGUCCCUUAUGGAAAAAGAACACUUGCCCUCCAGCUUGUGGGUGAAGGUGGUACUUCAGAAUGAACCACGUUUUACUGAAGCCUUUAACUGCCCACCACUGCCACACCACCAGUGUCCCUACAUCUUAGGUUCAGUCCCAAUCCCUUCCACAUCAUGAUAAAUAACACACUGGUAACUGUUUUUUUUUAAAUGAAAAGUAGAAAAACUUUUUUUCACAUUGUGUGCUAGGGUCUGACACUGUCAAUAGUAGCUAAAUAUUUUAACAUUUCUAGGUAUUCCCACUUUGCCUGUAAAUAAAGGAGUCAGAAAAUUUUAAUUGCCUACCUUAAAGAUUAUAUUUAGCAUUAAGGCAAUAUUUAGGUUAAUCCAGAUUGAGAAGAACUUACUGCAGCAGUUCCUUGAAUCAUAUGAAAACAUUUCAUCAAUGAUAACCUCCAAGGAGGUUGGAUUAGUGGUGUCAUGACGUUAUAAAAGUGAAGCCGGAGCAUUAUUAGUCUGCUGCUGCCCCAACCCCCUUACACCCAAAACAUUAUUAGCCACCCAUUGAAAAUACAUGCUCCUUAUUUUCUGUUUUAUAUCCAUAUUUCCAAGCUGUCUACCAUAUAUGAUCUUUAUAGACUUUAAUAGUCAUAGUAUACUGUGCUAUGAAAAUUUAAAUGGUAAGUCAUACAAAUUAUAUAAUGCAGUGUUUUCAUCUUCAGUGGACUUAGGUAAGAGGUGGGAAGCUGUCUUUGGAGCAAACGUAUGGCUGGACCAGGUCAUGUACACAUGUGCAUGUAGAUGUAGACAUGUGAAUAUACAUGUGCAUAAAGGAUAAAUAAACUGUAUAUCAAAUGAAAGUUUGCCUGAAGAUUGAUUUUUCGUGGUAUAGCGAUUACUUACACAAGUUAUUCAAAUACUGUUACUGUAGGUCUCUCUCU